CGGAUCCGACGGCUAGCAAUGCCGCAACAGGCAGGCGAGGAUGCAUCGUCAUCCGUUAAAAUAUCCAGGUCUCGUCUCGUCUCGUCUGCGCACCAAGCCCUAGCAGCAGGUGGAUUGGUUAUCGACGGGCAGCAGCCAUGAGUAAGUUGCAAACUGAGGUCCUCAAGGAUGCCAUCUCCCAGGUCGUCUCAGAGGCCAGGGAGAAGAACAGGAAGUUCACAGAGACCAUCGAGCUCCAGAUUGGACUGAAGAACUACGAUCCGCAAAAGGACAAGCGUUUCAGUGGCUCUGUUAAGCUGCCUCACAUCCCUCGCCCCAAGAUGAAGGUCUGCAUGCUUGGUGAUGCCCAGCACGUGGAGGAGGCUGAGAAGAUCGGUCUUGAUUACAUGGAUGUUGAAGCUCUUAAGAAGAUGAACAAGAACAAGAAGCUUGUCAAGAAGCUUGCUAAGAAGUACCAUGCUUUCUUAGCUUCUGAGGCUAUUAUCAAGCAGAUUCCCCGUCUCCUUGGUCCUGGUCUCAACAAGGCAGGCAAGUUCCCAACUUUGGUUACUCACCAGGAGUCUCUGGAAUCAAAGGUGAAUGAGACGAAAGCUACAGUCAAGUUCCAGCUCAAGAAGGUUCUUUGCAUGGGUGUGGCUGUGGGCAACCUGUCGAUGGAGGAGAAGCAGAUCCAGCAAAACAUCCAGAUGAGCGUCAACUUCCUGGUUUCGUUGCUGAAGAAGAAUUGGCAGAACGUGAGGUGCCUUUACAUCAAGAGCACCAUGGGGAAGCCAAACAGAGUGUUCUAAGUUGCUGCACCCAUGCUCGUUUUAAACCGACGCCGUAGUCCGUAGUGGAGUUUGCUAUGGGAUAUAUGUUUAUGCAGUAAUCUAUUCGUACUGUUUUGCAAAUUUUGUGUCUGAAGUGAACAAGAGUGGCUCUAUGAUGCACUAGUGUUUUUCACUCUGCACUUGAGCUGACGGGACAAUGUGCUUCAGGCAAUCAGGCUACUACGCUGCUGCUAGUGGCAUAGUUCUUGUGAAUGCCUCUUUA